GUUAGGACAAUAAUAUGACUUUUACCUAUUGAGUCUUGUCAACAGCAGGGAUCGAUUUUAGUACAGAGGUCAAAAAACUGGUCAACUUUGUAUUGUCUACUAUCAAAAACAAAUUCAUCUUCUUCAAGACCCGUAUUUAAAAGCCCGGUGUGUGGACAGUGAAUAUGCAGAAGGCAAAUACAGAGCGUUGCCAAGGAAAAAACGACCACGGCGCGGAGUCCGAUGAGACAUCUUCCCUUAACUUGUGCAGCUCAUGCGAGCGCUUGGAUGAUGAUGCCACUGAAUUACCGGCACAAAAUGCAUCCACUGAAAACGGCCUGCAAGGAAUUUACCCUUGGAUGAAGGAAUUUCGCUCAAAAGGUACAAAGCAACGUAUAGUAGUUGUAGGUGAUUUUUGUCCUAAACUUAAACGAUACCUUCGCAAGUGGGCGGAGGUCAAAAACAACCCUUUCGUCGCAAAGCCGAUUUCUGUUGUGAUUUUUUAAAAAUUGAAAACCAAAUCUUGCGAAGGAUGUGGAAACGCAUGAAAUAGGUUUGGUUGAAGAGUGUUUGUUUCGUGUUAAGUUCUUUAAUUGUGGAUUAGCGGAAAAGAAUGGCUCCAAGAAUGGGCUCGCCAGCAUGGCGCUUCUCCAUUGUGAAGCAGUUUGCUUGGCCAUUCGAAGGUGCGAACCGUACUAUUUGUGAUCCUUAACAAACAAUUCCAGUUAUUCUACCGGAUAGAUCUUGUAAAAGAGAAUUGAUAGCGUCGUUUUGUUAUGCUAAGACAAUUUUCUGUGGUGUUUCGAAGCCUUAACACGUCGUUGGCGCCAGAAGGAAAAAGACCAAUUGAUACGCCAUGUUCAAAUGUGUGGUAAUCCCUUCUCGCUUGCUGUGCGGGGCAACAAAUCGUUUUGUAAGUCUCCGACCUGUCGUAAUUAACCACAAAACAGUCUCUUCUCAGAUACUUUUGCCUUCCUUCCCCCAGUAUUUUGCGUUUUGAGAUCUACUAAUGCGACGAUAUUUUUGAUUUAGUGUGUUUUUAUGCAUACCCCAUUGCAUUCCGAGGGCAUCACAUGUAUUUAAACGAGCGGUUCCAUUAAUUUGAACAAAACUCCUGAAAAUUAUAUCGUGUUGUACUAAGAAGUUGGCUAUCAUCCUAUGCCAGGCUAUAAUCUUGUACUCUUCGUAAGCGAGUAAUUCUGCCUAAAAAUCGUACUGGAAUUAAUUCAGUGCCGUCGAAUUUGCGUUUGUACUUUCUUCGACUUGAAAUAUUUCAUAUCAAUUCCGUUAGGAAAAGACAAAAUAUCACGAGAUUGGGCACUCAACAGUAUUCUUUAUUUCGCCUUGACUAAAACCUAGAUGUAUGUUGUGAAUUCGCCUUUCUCUCGUAAAGAGCCGUGGUUGAGAUUUUAAAAAAUGAAGACACGUUCUCAGCCAAAAAUUCGGAAGCAUCGAUUCUCUAUUUUUUACAUCGACCGUUGUUUCAUACUUCUCCACUUUUGUAGGAUAACUCGGAUAAAAGGAAGUCAUUUGCUUACAUCCAUAACAAUGCACUGAACUGAUACUUUAAUUAGAAGGUAUUGAGCUUAAACUUAGUUCAUGAGCUAGCGAAGAAUUAGCGAUAAAAUUCAAUUGCAAGUAUUUCCGGAGUAGAACAAUCUUUGUGAUUUACGGUUUUAGAAUUGUCGUGAAACUCCAGUAAAAGCUAUGCCAUUAAAUCAAGGUUUUUCUCUAAGAGGUCUUCAUUGCAAUAAUUGAAUAUAUAUUACCGAAAGGACAAGAUGCAUUUUGUGUAUUGAUAUGCAAGAUGAAAAUGAGACUGGUAAUACAGGACUGUUCUUGUUGACUUUGGUUGAUCAGUGUUCGAAGUGUACUUCUCUCAAAGGUUAUCAUUUUCGUCCCAAUGCACCUAACCAGGUAAUCUAAAUCUUCUUUCACUUACAAUCAAAAUUAUAGAUAUUUCUUUGUUUACAGGAGCACCACAAGAGAAAGCUGGUGAUGAUAAACUUAACCGAACCAUAUACAGUACAAGACAGUUGGUUGAGUUGGAGAAGGAAUUCCACUACAACAGAUAUCUUUGUAGACCUCGUAGAAUCGAAAUUGCUCAGACGCUCGGACUCACCGAAAAGCAGGUGAAGAUCUGGUUUCAGAACCGCAGAAUGAAAUGGAAAAAAGAGAACAAAAGUGUCGAGAAAGCCUUAGAAAAUGAGAUUCAAGAACGAGUUCGACAACUUAGUGCACAAAAUCCAAACGGUUUCGGCAGUUUAUCAUUGAUGAACUUGAAUUCACACCCUAAUUCGUCUGUUUUCAACGAAUCAAACUCUUUUCAGCGAAACUACAAUCCGUAUUCUACUCCAAUGCAAAACUACAAUGGAGGAGGAUUCAUGGAAAGGCCAAGGGCGAUAUGGAGUCAAGGACCAUUGCAACAUUUUUAGUAAUUAUCAAUUAUCAGCGCAGCCGCCGUUAGAUGCUGGCUUCCUGUUGUACAUUUUUUUGACAACCUCGUGAGCGAUAUUUCGCCCACCGAGGGAGAGAAUUAACACUUUGAGAAUGAGUCAUAAUUCUUAUGCUAUUUACAGUUUAUAGAUUUAUUUCGUUCCUGUUAGAGAGACUCGUGGUUUUGUAGCGAGCGAUAUUUAUUUAUUUCCGUUGUGAAAUGAUGUCAGUUUAAAUUCGGGUUAGUCUAAAAGCAAAUGAAUAGUUCAUUUGAGUUAAUGUUCUGUACGCUUUUCGUCUUAACCUUUUGUAAGCUAGUACCCCCUUCAUUUAUUGCCUUUCACGUACAAUGCUAAAACAGAAUUUGUUUGAUAUCAGGUCUUUUCAACUCUUCUAUUUCUGUCCUUAUCUAUGGCAAGGACAUCACACAGGGAGCAAAUGCGAUAAAAUUAAUUCCGGUUGUGAAGUAGUUUUUAACACCUUGUGGGUUCUAUCCCGGCAUUAGUUGUUGCUCUUUCUGUAAAAAAAAAAACUGUAGCUUAGUUAAAGAACAUGUGAGUUGCAACGUUUAGGAUUCGAGCUUCAACGAGCUAAUGGACAGUACUUUCGAUUAUCGACCAUUGCUCAAUUAUAGGUCAAGUUAGAUGCUUUGUUUGCUUCUCGUUGCAAUCAGACUUCGUUCGCGUAGGUGAUGUAAAUGCCUACAGCGAAAAAUUUUAUUGCAGAAUGAAUUUCGAAUACCCGCCCAAUAAUUCUUUUACAUUCUUUCAUUCAUGCAUUUUGUUGAACACAACGUUUCUAAACAACGUGAAAGUUUGGUCAUUAUGUUGCCAAUUAUUAGUUUGUACGUGCAAUUGCGUCUUGCAUAUUUAUUUAAAUGGAUGAAUAUUUUUAGGUUUUAUGUUAUAGUAAUAUAUUUUGGAACCAGAAGUUAUUUGUUGUUGUUGAAUGCUCGAAGUUGACAGA